AACGGAAGAAUCACUGUCAGAACAAGUGUCAACGAACACAAAAGCAAACACGAUCAAGUAAGCAGCGCUGGAUGCAGUCCGUUGUGUACGACGCAAUUAAACUCAAGCACUGUGUGGAUCAAACAAGUUAGGCAUCGCUAACGCCGGAGCAGAUUCGAGAACAAUACCUGCGCACGCAGCACGCUGAACCAAGCAUGCCUAAUAUACGAUUCACUGCACCAGCGCCAACACAUCAGCAGCAGCAGCAGCAGCAAUCCGAUGAGGAGGAUGCGUCGUUUUCCUCGAGCAAAGACGGUUUGCUGACCAAGCUGUACCAGGAAAACCAGGACAUGAAGGCGAAGAUAGCCGAGCUGGAGGGUAUGAUCGGGCAGGCAAAGCCGUUCGACGCCACGCACGUGAAAGCGCUGGUCCAACCGUUCAGCGGUGACGAUCUGAUGGACAUUCACACCUGGCUCGCGAAGCUGGAGGAUACGUUCCGUGUAUUGAAAGUGGGCAAAACCGAGCAGCUGGUCGCCGCGUGCGGGCUGCUGACUGGCAAUGCGGAAGUUUUUCGGCGAAUCACAACCUUGAAGGAUUAUGACGAUUUCCGUACGAAGCUGGUGGAGGAGUUCCGCUAUAACAAGCUCACCGACGAAACGAUCGUGAAGGAGCUGCGGAAGCAUACGCUGAAGGAUAACAACGUGCAUCGGUAUGUGCUGGAAAUGAUUGAGCGAGCUAGCGGCUAUGCUAUCGCGGAAAUCGACCUGGUGGACAUCAUUGUCGACGGAUUGAAGGAUAAUUCGCGCAACGUUGUAAUGCUGUACGGGGCAAAAACUAUCCAGGAGCUGAAGGUGCUGCUGCCCCGGUACAAAAAACGAAGAAUCAAUUUGGCGAGUCAAUAAAUCAGGUGGCGAGAUCCGUUCCAUACUUCAUGCCGAGCCAUGCGAAGGAUGGCUGACGCUCUACUCUUCCCCAUUUCAAAUGAACCAACCUUGUUUUCUUUCUUCCAGUUUAUAAAAAUAUGAAAUAUGAAAUAAAGGAUUUAAUUUUGUUUGUUCCAAGAA